UCUACUGACUAUAGUUACAAUCGUUUCUGCGAGAUUAAACGUUAAACGCUAGAAACCCUUCAUUUUCUGCCUAUUAUUCACCGAAACCUAACUCUAAUCAUCGAUCUACUCAUUUAUCAAUUAUUAAAGCUAGCGCGCUACAGUUCGACGCAAAUCAUAUCGUAAUUUAUAGUCUGCAAUUUCGUUUCGUAUUUAGCCUUACAGUAUAUGCGCCCGAGUCUUGACUGCAAUCCGAUCAAUGGAGUGUGGCUAAGAGCAUCCACAAUGUUUAGUACAAUGGAGGAGUUGAAUAAGUCGAUCGAGAUGGAAACGAGCGUCUCAAAGAAAGAAUCUGAAGAUGAGAAGACGAUGAGGAAAAGAAAGAGAAAGAAGAUUGACGGGUUUGUGUUUCUUCCGGAUGACAUCCUUUUAGAUAUCCUCAAAAGGCUCCCUGAUGCUUCCCUUCGUUAUAAGGCUAAGUACGUCUGUAAACGAUGGUUGGAUCUAAUCAUCAACAUGAAAUUGCUAGACCAUGUUUCUUUUAUCCUCCAGAAGACGGGAAACUUGACAACACGUCAUGUAGAUAUAAGGGAAGAAGGAGAAGGGCUACAAGUGAAAGUGCAAGAUCUUGACAUACCUCGCAUAGGCAUCAUAAAGUCUUGGGGUAACGAGCUAAUGCUAAUAUCAGAUUAUAAAAAACAAUCUCUGUAUAUUUAUAAUCUAAUCACGAAGGAAGGAUCAUAUCUUCCCGAAUGUAAUGCAUCAUGUGGAGGAUAUUGUAUUAUCAAAUGUGGAGUUGCAAUUUCUUUCCAUAUGUUCAAGGGAAUAUAUAAGGUGGUUCACUUGUUUAUGGGGCCACCAAUCGAAUGUCAUAUCCUUAAAUUGAGAAGCGACAAUAUUGCUUCUUCAAAGUGGAAAAAGAUCCAUGUUCCUUGUAUAAAUGGAGGGUCGAUGUAUUCUUCUAACCCUGUUUCAGUUCAAGGAAGGUACUUUCACUGGGAUAAUUACAUUGAUAAGCGACUGGUUUCCAUGGAUAUGGUGAAAGAGGAAAUUGUCGAUAUGAGUCUUCCCGGUGAUUGUAAAGGAGUUGACUAUAGUAUUUUUGAGAUGGGUGGUUCCCUGGCUCUCUUUGCAGGAGAUAGUGCGGAGAAAUCUGAGAUAUGGAUUCUUAAAGAUUUUCAGAAGAAGAAGUGGGAGAAGUUGCAGUCGGUUACUCUUGAGAAAUGGUAUUACAGAAGAUUUCCUGUCUGUGGUGUGAUGAGUAACAGAUAUAUCAUCCUGGAAUGUAAAUACUAUAAUGGUAUGUGCUAUUAUGAUGUGAAAAAUGGAGUCGUGAAAAUGCUAGACAUCCACAUGAACGUUGAUGAUGGUUGCCUGAUUCAGCAUCAUCAAGUUUUAAAUAAUCUAACUGCAUAA